CUGCUUGUAUUGAAGAUCUGACGACCUGUUAAAUGAAGCUGACGGAUGUUUAGCGUGAACACUCAAACCGCAUCAAUGCUGAACUCUCCGGCGUAAAUUCUCUCUGUUUUACAAUGACAGUCUUUCAUUUGGAUGAUUUCUUGGCAGGAUGGAUUGGAGGAGCGUCCAGUGUGAUUGUAGGACAUCCACUUGACACAGUCAAGACUCGUUUACAAGCUGGCAAAGGAUACAGGAACACUCUCCACUGUGUUGUAACAAUCUUCAAAAAGGAAAAUGUUACAGGCUUUUUCAAAGGACUGUCCUUUCCAUUGGCCAGCGUCACUCUCUAUAACUCUGUGGUGUUCGGCUUCUUCAGCAACACACAGCGCCUCAUUAGCAGAUAUCGAUAUGGUGACGGCAGACACCCGUGCGGCAUGCUUGACUUGACUGUAGCGAGCAUGUUGACUGGUCUGGUUUCAGUGGGGGUGGGUGCCCCUGUUGACCUUGUCAAAAUUAGACUGCAGAUGCAAACCCAACCUGUUCUUGCAGAGAACUUUAACCUUGCUGGGAAUGGGAGUGUCCCUCUCCGGUCAAUGGGAAUUCAGUCCCAGUCAUUGUACAGAGGGCCACUGCACUGCAUUAGUACCGUCCUGCAGAACGAGGGCAUUCAAGGGCUCUACAGAGGCGCGGGAGCCAUGAUAUUGCGGGAUGUACCUGGUUAUACCCUCUACUUCAUACCGUACACGUUAUUCUGUAAGUGGCUGAAUCCCGAUGGCAAAGGCCCGCCUCAUCCCUGCUGCAUAUGGCUAGCAGGAGGUUUAGCAGGAUCCAUCUCGUGGGUCACCGCCACACCAACAGACGUGGUGAAAAGCCGGUUGCAGGCAGAUGCCAUGCAGCACAGGAAAUACAAGGGCAUUCUGCACUGCAUCAUGGAUUUUCUCUGA